CUCGCUUUCUUCAUCAGAUAAUAAUAGCAAUAAAACAAAAAAAAAAGAAGAAGAAGAGUCGCUUGAAUUUGCAGCGUCGCCGCCGCCCGCGCGAGAUGGCCCCCGCCGCCGAAGUCUCCUCGUCGUCGGCGGAGACCACCGGCUCCUCCGCCGGUAGCGCGCCCUCGACCGCCGCCGCCGCCGCCACCUCCACCUCCCAUUCGUCGUACCGGCGCACGGCUCCCCCGCUCCUGCUCCUAGCCUCGCUCGCCGCGCUCCUCAUCAUCUCCACCGGCGAUGACACCGCGGCCUUCGAUUCCGCCGCCGUGGGGCGGUCCAUCAAAGAUGUUAGUCUGGAAAAUCCAGAGGUGACUUUUGUUCCUUCAUCCCUGGGUGGACAGUUUUGCGAGCGAGUUCGCUUGUCUGGAAUACCGAAGUUACAUAUUGGAAGCUAUGCAAAUCAAAUACGAGUCAAAAUGAAUGUUUCCCAAUCAAUGCCUGAAAAGUUCCAUUGGAAAAUAGAAAUUUGCUUUCAUGGGAAUGCUUCUAUGGGAUUAUGCCAAUGUGAGACAGGUGAAUGGCAAAAUUUGCAAAAUGGCAUGUGGAAUGCUGUAAAGUCUCCAUAUGGAAACAAAUAUGUUGAUGUUAAAGUGGCUGAUAAGACAUCUACUAGGUUCAGUAUUUCCAUUCAAGAAGAGUUUCAGAAAUGGCGUCUAGCUUGCCUCGGUAUUGGAUUUAUUCUGCUAUUCCUAUCACCCAUUGUUAGCAAAUGGGCGCCUUUUUACUAUAGCAGUUCUAUGGCUCUUGGGGUCCUGCUUGUUGUUCUGAUUGUCCUUUUCCAGGGGAUGAAAUUGUUACCAAUGGGCAGGAAAAGUUUAUUUUACCUCACAAUUUAUGGAUCUGUGGUAGGGGUUGGCUCCUAUGCUGUACAUUAUUUCUCCACAUUGGUUGCUUCUAUUCUGGAAAAUUUUGGUUUGAGUGAAGAGAUGCACAACCCUGUAUCAAUCUUCCUGCUGGUAGCAAUUGUCUUGACUGGCGCUGGUUUUGGUUAUUGGAUGGUCAGAAGAUUCAUCCUUUCAAAAGAUGGUAGUGUUGAUGCUGGGAUAGCACAGUUUGUGAAGUGGGCUAUGCGUGUUGUUGCUAUAUGCUUUGUUAUGCAGAGCACACUUGAUCCUCUUCUAGCGUUAUUCGCGCUGGCCGCUAGUUGGUGGAUUUGUUCUGUGUUCACAGCAUAUAGAGCUCCAAAGUCAAUGACACUGAAGCAAAAGCAAUCAAAGGCUUCUACUCAGCCAAUGUAUAAUAAAGGAUCACCUAACCCUCGCCAAAUCCAAUUCUUAAGCCCAUCCAAGAGGGAUAUUGGAAGAACCACAUCAAACAGUUCAGCCACACAGUAUGGCUGGAGCAAUUUAGCCAAUGGAGGACUGGUGUCUCCAACACUUACAAAGAGGGUGGUACCCGAUAAUCAAGAUGAAGACCACUACUCCACCUUCCACAAUAUCCAACCAAGGAAAUAUUCAAAGGAAGAAUGGGAUGACUUCACCCAGAAAUCCACCAGAAAGGCACUUAUGGAGUGCACGGCAACCCCAGAGUUUGCUAGAUGGGUUGCUGAUAAUGCUCACCGGCUACGAGUAGAGCAGCAAGAUGACGCCUCGGAGGACGAGCUCAUCGAGAGUUCCUCAAAUUCAUCCGAAGAAACAGCACAGGAAGCUGAUACCGGGCUGUUCAGGUGGUAUUAUUCUCCUCCCCCUCGCUCUCCUCCUCGCCUCCCCCCACAGCGGAAGAAGAUUCCAACGAGAAGGCGAGCGAGAGAGAGGAGAAGAAACCAAGAGAGCGAGGGCGGAGGAAGCAGUCGAGCUCUCCCAGCCUCGGCGGCUAAACUCCCCCCCCCCCUCGCUUUCUUCCCCUCCUUCCUCAAUCUCCAAGCCUCGAUAUCCGUGUUCUUCUCUGACCGAAUCCGAAUCCCGCGUUUCUUUGUUGCGCGCGCGACCGCCCGCGGGAAUCUUGGUGGUUCUUGGGCGAUCGUGAUGGCAUUGGAUGGCGGCGGCGAGGUUGGCAGGAGGAGGAGGAGGAGGGGAUGGGGAGGCGGGUUCCCGAGCCUGAUGCGGCGGAAGCAGGUGGACUCCGACCGGGUCCGCGCCGCCGAGGGGGAAGGGCAACCCCAGCUCGCCAAGGAGCUUAACAUCCCGGCGCUGGUCGCGAUCGGUGUCGGUUCAACAAUUGGAGCUGGGGUAUAUGUUCUUGUCGGAACAGUUGCUAGGGAGCAUGCUGGUCCAGCAUUGACAAUUUCAUUUCUGAUAGCUGGAAUAGCUUCCGCGCUCUCAGCCUUCUGUUAUGCCGAGCUUGCUAGUCGGUGCCCAUCUGCUGGAAGCGCCUACCAUUAUUCAUACAUCUGCGUUGGUGAAGGUGUUGCCUGGUUGAUUGGUUGGGCUUUAGUGCUGGAAUAUACUAUUGGUGGAUCUGCUGUUGCCCGUGGCAUAUCCCCCAAUCUUGCCUUGUUCUUUGGAGGACCAGACAGUCUUCCAUGGAUUUUAUCACGCCACCAGCUUCCAUGGUUUGAUGUCAUUGUUGAUCCCUGUGCCGCUGCCCUCGUUUUUGUUGUUACUGUUUUGCUAUGUGUUGGGAUAAAAGAGAGUUCAGCUGUACAAGAGCUUAUAACAGUUCUGAAUGCUUGUGUGAUGAUAUUUGUUAUUGUAGCUGGUAGUUAUAUCGGCUUCCAGAUAGGAUGGGUUGGCUAUAAAGUUACUGAUGGAUAUUUUCCACAUGGGAUAAAUGGAAUGCUUGCUGGAUCAGCAACUGUUUUCUUUGCAUAUAUUGGCUUUGAUACAGUUGCUAGUACUGCUGAGGAGGUGAAGAAUCCACAGAGAGAUCUACCACUGGGAAUAGGAGCGGCAUUGUCUAUCUGCUGUUGCUUGUACAUGAUGGUUUCUGUUGUUAUUGUUGGGCUGGUACCAUAUUUCGCUAUGGACCCAGAUACGCCCAUUUCAUCUGUCUUUGCGAAACAUGGAAUGCAGUGGGCCAUGUAUAUUGUGACAAGUGGUGCUGUUCUUGCACUUUGUUCAACUUUGUUGGGGUCACUUCUUCCGCAGCCUAGAAUACUAAUGGCGAUGGCACGAGACGGGCUGCUGCCAUCUUUCUUCGCCGAUGUUAACAAGAGGACACAAGUUCCUGUAAAGAGCACAGUCGUGACUGGUCUCUGUGCAGCAGCUCUGGCUUUUUUCAUGGAUGUUUCCCAGCUGGCAGGAAUGGUCAGUGUAGGUACACUCCUUGCAUUCACCAUAGUUGCUGUCUCGAUCUUAAUACUCAGAUAUAUUCCUCCGGAUGAGGUUCCUCUGCCUUCAUCUCUGCAAGAAACAUUCUGUUUGAGCCAAGAAUAUGAUGAGGAAAGGGUUAGCGGUAUUCUUGGAGAUGAGAGAUGCAAAACAUCUGAAACAAAGGAUGUGAUUCUCGCAGAAUCUAUGGAGGAUCCUCUCAUUGAGAAGAAAAUAACAAGAAAGAUGGACGAGAUGAAGCGUCGGAAGGUGGCCGCUUUCAGCAUAGGAUCUGUUUGUGUUGGAGUUAUGGUUCUCACAUCCGCAGCUUCUGCCACAUGGCUGCCUUUUCUUCCUAUGUGUAUUGGCUGCAUCGUUGGCGCUCUGUUGCUUGUAGCCGGUCUUGGCCUCCUCUGCUGGAUCGACCAAGAUGAUGGCAGGCAUUCUUUCGGCCAAUCUGGAGGAUUUACAUGCCCUUUCGUUCCACUUCUGCCAGUCUUGUCUAUCCUCGUAAACACAUACCUGUUGAUAAAUCUGGGUGGAGAGGCAUGGAUGAGAGUAGGCAUAUGGCUGCUGAUAGGCGUCUUGGUGUACAUUUUGUACGGACGAACUAACAGCUCCUUGAAGGAUGUCAUCUACGUCCCCGUAGCGCAGGCCGAUGAGAUAUACAAGAGUUCAUCUGGAUAUGUGUCCUAGAAAAAAAUAUUUUUUAGUUUGCACUAUUCUUCAGUGACAACAUGCCUCACCUGUCUGCAAUUGGAAGAUUAGCCUGGACAGAGGAGAUGCUAAAUCAUUCAUACUUGGGGAAAAAACAUGGAUGCAAUAUUAUAUUUAGGAUGUGCAUAGGUGUAUAUAUAAACCCAAUUGGACAGUGGAAUACAUGAUUUUGUGUAUAUAAGCCCUUUGUACUAAAUGGUAAACUGAAAAGCAGUUAUCGAUGAAAAAAAAGUGCAAUAGACGAA